AUGAAGAUCUGUUUUUCCUUUCUCGCUACGCUUGCUUUUGUUCAAGGUGAUAUGUAUGACCUUCCCGAUUUCGUCGAGAAAUGCACCGUGACAGGUGGACCGCAUGGGAGACCGUUUGACGAUACCAGUAUGGUAGUUCCUGGUCAAAAGGUGACCAAGAUCACGUUAUGCCAUGGCGAUCGCGUGGAUGGUAUUGGUAUUACUUUCGUGCCUCCGGAGGGCAUGUCACAAGAUCCGUUUCACGGCAGUAAAAAUAAAUGCCACGAUCACGAUUUAGCAUCGGAUGAGUACAUCAAAUAUUUUGAGGUGCAAACUACAAAAACAUCGACCACGAGAAUCGGCUAUAUUAGAUUAAUGACUAACACGGGUAGGUAUAUCGAGGGAGGUAAAGAGAGGAAGGGUACGGCGAAGAAAGAAGGUUGCAAAGCCCCAGAUGAUAAUCAUCAACUUGCUGCAUUUUUCGGUCGUGAAGGGGAGGAGAUUGAUGCGAUCGGUCCGGUUUGGACAUUGAGAAAUCCUGUUGAAGUUGUUCCAGGACAACCACCAUCUGGACCAGAGCAGAAGAUGCUUUAA